AGCCGAGAGACGUGCCUGCAGUCACAGGGUUUAUUUAACACGUAGUCACAAACCCACCCAGCUCUCACACAUUGAGUCGGGCGUGGAGCCUCCCAAGGCACACUACCGAGUCCGGACCUCAGGGUGACAACACUCCAGCCGUGCUCAGCCGCAGAUCACACUCUCACACUGGAUAACAGGAGAUUACUUUUUCUUUAUUUUUCUCAUUUUCGAGUGAUUCUUUCCUGUGUUUUGACGCGCGACUGCAGAGACACAUUUGGAUCGUUUUGAAGGCUUUUUUUUGCUGUUGAAAAAAGUAAUUUCUUCGGGCUUUACAUUUGAGCGAUAUGGAGAGGAUUACCAGUGCGCAACCACCUCCCUGUGUGCCAAAACACACAUCAAUGGAUAACCUAGCUGACAUGCAAGGAAUGGAUUUUCCCAUUUAUAUGUACAAACCCAGAAGGGGGAUGAAGCGCGGGGAUGAGAGCAAGGAGACGUACAAGUUGCCACACCGACUGAUCGAAAAGAAAAGACGUGAUAGAAUCAACGAAUGCAUCGCCCAGCUGAAGGACUUGCUGCCAGAACAUCUUAAGCUGACAACGCUGGGUCAUUUGGAGAAAGCCGUAGUGCUGGAACUCACUCUGAAGCAUGUGAAAGCCCUGAGUGCCGUCCUGGAGCAGCAGCAGCAGAAAAUCAUCGCGCUGCAGAAGGACCUGCAGAUCAGUGAUCAUGGAGGUGACAACGCAGAGAACAGCGAGGAGAUGUUCCGCUCCGGCUUUCAUUUGUGCGCAAAAGAGGUUCUGCACUAUCUGGCCACCCAAGAAAGCAGCAGGGACCUGUCUCCUUCCCACGUCAUCAGUCACAUCCAAAAGGUAGCAGCCGAAGUCCUGCAGCACCAAAGCAGCCAACAGCCAGACGAGUCCACCCACCAAGCUUCGGAGAAAGCGAAGAAACCCGCCGGACAGGCCCCGAGGGCCUCCCAGGGUCCCGCUAAGAACUGUGUCCCAGUCAUUCAGAGGACUUACCCACACGGGAUCGGGGAGCAGAGCGGCAGCGACACGGACACUGACAGCGGCUAUGGGGGAGAACACGACAAGCGCGACCCCAAAGUUCAGUGGUCAGAAAAUCACACAAGAGAGGGGGACCUGAAGCAUGCUGCGUCCGAGCGGACGACCGGCGCCAUCAAGCAGGAGGGCGGCGAACCUCGGGCCAAGAAGUCGAGGUCGGACUCCUCGGAGGAUGAGCUUCACGCAGCAGGAGAUCCUGGCAGCUACAUGAGCUUCUCCCCCAACCAGCCCCCAUUUUGUCUCCCCUUCUACCUCAUCCCUCCCACAGCUGCAGCGGCGGCAGCAGCGUAUCUGCCCAUGCUGGAGAAAUGCUGGUAUCCCGGGGGCAUGCCGGUCAUGUACCCCGGCAUGAACGGCUCUGCGGCGAGCCUUCCCCCAGAGACACUGCCCCCAUCUCUGGUGAUGUCCCCCAGGGCAGGGUCCCCAGUGCCCCACCACUCCCCCAUGGACUCCUCAACUCUUCACAAAGCUUUAAAGCAAGUCCCGCCUUUGAACUUGGAAACCAAAGACUGAGCAGUUGUGUUUCUGUCAGAAUCCUGCCCUCUGAAUGUUCAAUGGGGUUUAAUAAAGAAGAGGGUUAGAAUAAGACAAAACAAGAAAAAAAACGCACUAGUACCCCUUAAAAACCAUAGUGGUAGUUUGGCCCAACGGCAUAUUGGCCCCAAAUGGUCACCAGCAUCUAGCUCCUUGUCUGAAGCAGGACUUUUGCGGGUAACUUGGAUCGCCCAUGUAGAGGCUCAUAUUACACCUGUUGCGUUGCUCUGAAACACUGUGAAGAUGGUCAGUUUAUAGCAUGCACAAGAGGGUCGCGAGAGGGUUUUUCUGCGAUGUUCUUCGCACUCGGUAUUGAAUGUCAGAGAUAAAUCCAGAAUGUAAGGCACAGAUACCCCCCCCCCCUUCCCAGAAUGAUUUGGACCUACCAUUUUGCACACACACACCAGUCUGUAUUGAAUGUAGAGAUUUAUCAUAAGCCCCUUGUAGAUGCUGCUUGAAUUAUUAUUACCUGCUGUAGAUCUGUGAACAGGGGAUCUACCUUUCAGUGUUUGUCGCUCUUGUAACUGCAACAAACCAUCGUGUAGACUAGAAUGUUACCAAAAAAAUAUAGAUAUAUAUACGCGUCACAGGACGACUUUGCUCCUUUCACCCUUCAGUUAUGCGGGAGCUGAAUGAACGCAGGAGUUCACGACGUUGAGAGAAUUCAGGGCGUUGUCACUGUACGAGAUGUGUCACUCAUUUCUUUUGAAGAGUGAGGUGGCCGUACAUGCUUUUACAAUUUCAUUUGUGACUCAUGACUAUUUGUGUAUUUAGAUGGAGUUCCUGUGAAAUAAUGUCUUGUAAUUAUUAUUUGUUUGUUUUUUUUUGCUUAUACUACUCGUACAUCUCUAUUUUUGAUACGUGACCCACUGAGUGUAUUUGUUUAGCUGCCGGGGGACGGUUGAGGUAGCGAUUUGCUGUAUGCCGACAGACCGUGUACAGUAUAUUAGCAUCAACCAGAUUUGCAUCUUACCCACAAAUUCCCGAUCAAGUUAAGGCCUGAUCUUAGCUCUCAUGCUGUUGCCUUUACUCGUUUUAAUGCAGACACAACAAUAGCAGGUGGUUCAAUGUAUUUGCUUUAAAUGUUGAGUCUGUGGCAAGGAGAGUGAAUGUAAAAUUCAAACAAAAAUAAUAGUUUUGUAUGGAAAGAGGUACUUGGGAUUUUUAUUUUGAAAUGUAACACAAGGUUGUACAUAUUUUGUAUAUAAAGUAUUGUUGAUAUAUAUUAAAAUAUUAAUAAAGCUUUUUUCUCCCUGUGGAA